UAGCUUGUCGACUUGUGACUGAGCACCGACAGUCGGAGUCGCCGAGUUUCGCCGUCUUUUCCAAAGUUCUGUCUCGGCUCCCAACCCGCCGGAUUUAUUACCAAAUGUUCACUGUUGUUGUGUGACAGUGUCGGGGCGAGGGCGGCCUUGUCUUUCCAGGGACUUUACCGCAUGUUUCGGACAGUUUUAACGACAACAGGAGACAGAGACACGGAGUUCCUGGUCGGAGUUAGCAUUUGAAGCUAACUGUGCUAACGGACAUCCUGAUACAAUCUGACAGUCCCAGUUCUGACGGGUUUUGGGUCGGUGUCGGGCGUGGUCCGGACACUUAUCUGUACUUUGACAACUUCAGAGUCCGCCGGUGAAAUGGAGCCCGAGGGCAGCAGCUAGCAGUGAGUUCGCUCCGCUCCAGACCCCUCCUCCGCCGCCGCCGUUUGUGACCGGGUUCGAGCGCCUCCGGUCGGGCAGGAUGGCCGCCGACUCCCCGGUGAACUUCAACCUCCUGAACCGGACCUGCAAGCUGGUGGUCCUGCUGUGUCUCCUCCACAUCUCCGUCACCGUCGUCUUCUAUGUCCGCUCUCUGGACAUCCGGUUCGCCUUCGUACAGAACCAGCAGUCGGGCCACCGCGUUGCGAGCCCGGCCCAGACCACCCGGACCCAGCUCCCGCACCCGCAGGAAGACCCCCCCAAACAGGAGGACCAGAAGGACAAGCCGAACCCCCAAGGCGAGGACCAGAAGGACCAGCAGGACCAGAAGGACCAACAGGACCAGAACCCCCCAAAGGAGGAGGAGCCGCAGAAGCAGCUGGACAAGUGUCCGGAGACCUCCCCCCUGCUCGUGGGCCCUCUGCGGGUCGAGUUCAGCACCCCUGUCAACCUGGACCAGGUGAAGAAGGACAAUCCUGACGUCCAGCUUGGUGGACGUUUCAAACCCAGGUCGUGUCGUGCGCUGCAGAAGGUCGCCAUCAUCAUUCCCUUCAGAAACCGAGGUGAACACCUCAAAUACUGGCUGUACUACCUGCACCCCAUCCUGCAGAGACAGCAGCUGGACUAUGGAGUCUACGUCAUCAACCAGGACGGGGAACAGAUCUUUAACAGAGCCAAACUGCUGAACAUCGGCUACGUGGAGUCUCUGAAGGAGUAUGACUAUGAGUGCUUUGUGUUCAGCGACGUGGACCUCAUUCCCAUGGACGACCGCAACACCUACAAGUGUUUCAGCCAACCUCGACACCUGUCAGUGUCCAUGGACAAGUUCGGCUUCAGGUUACCAUAUAAUCAGUACUUCGGAGGCGUCUCGUCGAUGAGUAAAGACCAGUAUCUGAAGAUCAAUGGUUUCCCCAACAAUUACUGGGGCUGGGGAGGAGAGGACGACGACAUCUACAACAGGCUGGCGUCCAAAGGCAUGUCCAUCUCCAGACCGACCGGUGAAGUGGGAAAAUGUCGAAUGAUCAGACACGAGAGAGACCGGAAGAACGAGCCCAACCCCCAGAGGUUUGACCGAAUUGCCCACACCAGAGAAACCAUGUCCAAAGAUGGGAUCAACUCUCUGUCCUAUCGUGUGGUGAAGGUGGAGAAGAUGGACCUGUUCACCAAGAUCACCGUGGACGUGGGCAAACCCUGACCUCCACAGAAACCAUGGCAAUGCAGAUGAGACAACGUCAGCUGACGGAAACCACGGCAACGCAGACGACACAACAUCAGCUGAUGGAAACCAUGGCAACGCAGAUGACACAACUUCAGCUGACGGAAACCACGACAACGCAGACGACACAACUUCAGCUGACGGAAACAACGACAACGCAGACGACACAACUUCAGCUGACGGAAACCACGGCAACACAGACGACACAACGUCAGCUGACUGACACUUGAAUCUGUUCGGCCUGAUCCGCCGAACUCGCUGGACUUGUUCUUUUUCUGUUUCUGUUUUUUGCACUUUGUUUUUCUCAUCUCUCAUUGGUCUGUAUGAACCAAUCGACUGCAGAGACAAUCAGUUGAAUCAGGUGGUUCAGGCUUUAAUCAUCUGAUCCUGGUUCUGCUGGAUCCUGGUGGACUAGUCUCACUGAGCUAAAAACCAAAGCAUCAUGAUGUGGUCUGAUCCAGUUCUACUCAAUAAACCAAACCUGGUCCCUGGCUUUCUUUCUGCACUUUGCGGUCACUGCACAUGCUCAGUAGCUGUGUUUAGUCUCAGGUUCAGACUCCAGGUAUUAGUCAUAUCCCACAGACCAUGUGUGGUUCAAUCUGUUAUUCAGAAACAAACAGAAGCCGACAUGAGGAUGAAACAGAAAACACUGAAAACUGGACAGAUCGAUGAUAUGAUGGUUCUGUGGGGUUCAGGGUUCGGCUUCGGUUCCAUCUGGGUCAAAGCUCACCCUUGGCUGUAGGGGGCGCUGUCAGUCCUCUUCCUGUAGAGUCAGAUUCUCUAAAUAGAGACUGAAGUGUUUCCUUGGACAGUUCUGUGGUGAAUUGACCAACUGUGGUCAAUAGUUGGCGCCAUUCGGGCCAGACUGAACCGGGCCUCGGUGUCGGGGUUGUGACCUCAGAGGACAGACUUUUAUCUGAUACGGAUCCUGUUCCAGACGUAUAAAUGUAUAAACCAGUUUGUACCUGAUGAGGUUCAGGAACGGCAUCUAAACAUGGACGUACUGUAGACAGUCUCCAUGGAAACACAGCCUGCAGUCAUCAGAACACACGAGGGUUCUGGAGUCUGGACCCGGAAUAAAACACACUCAGGACUGAUGGAAGGCCAGGACCAGGACAAUCUGUGUGUUUGAUUCUGUUAUAAUCAAAUCCAAAGUUUAAUUUUAAGAGGUGUGUUUUUAAGGACGCUCAUCGACCCAUAUUUGAGCUAAUCAAUGAUCAAUGGACUGAUGGAUGAUAAAUGGGCAGAUCAUUGUGUGACGUGUCCUCAUUCUUUGACUGAACCAAAGAGUCGACCGUGUGGUGUCCAACGCCCAGACGCCAUCGAUCCAUUUUAAUGCAGAUGUAAAACAAACUGAACUGUUUGUUUAUUUGUUUGUUUGUUUGUUUGCUGUUGAUGGAUCUGGGUUCUCCUCAGACCAGAUCCCUGAUUGUUUCUGACAGAAUCACCGUAAAUGUGCCUUAAAUCCAGCUGAACUCUGGAGGUUUAAUGGUGGAGGGAACAGUUUGUACAUGUUGUGAAAAAUAUAUGAGAAGAGACAAA